AUGGAAAAAUUCGACGUGAUUAUUUGUGGCAGCGGCUCUGCUGGCUUGUCAGCUGCUCUAUGGCUUGCGAGGCACGGCAUUCGAUCCAAGAUCCUGGAGCGCCGGGAUGGUCCGAUGAAGAUGGGUCAAGCAGAUGGUGUGCAAUGUCGCACAGUUGAAAUCUUCGAGAGCUUCGGUGUCAGUGAGGAGCUACUUCGCGAGGCGUAUCAUGUGCUUGAAGUCAGCUUUUGGGCAGAUGAUGGCACUGGCGCUAUCAAGCGAACUGGCAGGACUGCUGAUACGGCACCUGGGUUAUCUCAUCAGCCUCAUGUUAUUCUGAACCAGGCGCGGAUAAAUGGGUUGCUUAUUGAGUUGAUGCAAAAGUAUAAUGAUCAGAAGAUUGAUUAUGGGUACAACGUUGUCGAUCUGCACAUCGAUAGUGCUUCGCCCAGUGAUUUGGAUGCGUAUCCUAUCACCGUAUCGGCGGAAAGGGACGGAAAGAUCGAGAAGUUUGCCGCGAAGUAUGUGUUGGGCGCUGAUGGUGCGCAUAGCACGAUCCGGAAAACUCUUGAUUUCAAGAUGGAAGGUGAUAGUACCGAUUCAGUUUGGGGCGUCAUGGAUAUGAUUCCUCGUACAAAUUUCCCGGAUUUCCGCAAGAAAUCGACUAUUCGUUCCAAAGCAGGAAAUAUCUUGAUCAUUCCCCGAGAGGGUGAUAACAGAAACCUGACCCGAUUUUAUAUUGAAAUCGGGCAAGGGACAAACGCCAAAGAUGUGACAUUGGAGGAUCUCCAAAACCGUGCAAAAAGCAUUCUUCAACUAUAUGAGAUUGAAUUCGUUGAGACAGUUUGGUGGUCUGCAUACUCAAUCGGUCAGCGCCAUGCAGACUUCUUUCACAAGGACUAUCGAGUAUUUUUGGCUGGGGAUGCAUGCCAUACACACUCCCCAAAAGCUGGACAAGGGAUGAAUGUUAGUUUCCAGGAUGGUUAUAACAUUGGAUGGAAGCUUGGAGAGGUGCUUACUGGUCUGGCGAGUCCCUCCAUACUUGAGACAUAUGUACUGGAGCGAAGGAAGACUGCUAUCGAUUUGAUCAACUUUGAUCGCUACUUCUCCAAGCUGUUCUCCUCUGGAAACACCACUCCAGCUGAGUUUCAGGAUGGAUUUAUUCAGUCAGGCAAGUAUACAGCCGGACUGACAGCGAAGUAUAACCUUUCGUCAAUCACUGCCUCGGAGUCACAGCUGGCAUCGAAUAUCACGGUGGGAAUGCGACUUCCGAGCGCACAUGUCGUCCGUUAUUGUGAUUCAAAGCCACUGCAGCUAAUGUCAAGGCUGACAUCUGAUGGCCGCUGGCGAAUUCUCAUUUUUGCUGGUGAUCUCUCAGUUGGAGAGAACCGGGCCAAACUUGAUACAAUUGGGAAGUACCUCACAUCGGAAGAUGGCCCAAUCCGCACUUACACACCUUCCUCAGACGAUUUUGAUAGUCUCAUGGAGUUGAUUAUUGUUGGUCAUGGAAAUCGGCAUGAUGUUGAGCUCGAACAGAUCCCAGAAUGCUUCUAUCCAGUGACAGGCAAGAACCAGACCCGAGACUUACACAAAAUCUAUUACGACGAUGAGAGCUAUAACAAGGGGCAUGGCCAUGCAUACGAGUUUCUCGGAAUUAACCCGAAAGAAGGGGCUCUGGUGGUGGUCCGACCUGAUCAAUAUGUGUCUGCUGUUCUGAACCUGCGUGAAUACGAGGAAGUUGGCAAAUUCUUCGGAGGAUUUCUUUUAUCUCAGCGCUGA